AUGUCCAGUUUUGAUCAACCGAAACCUGUGGUGAAAGAAUUUCACGAUCCCUUGGCUUGCGAAUGGGACUUGGCCUUACACUGGAACUUCACAUCUGACGGACCGUUAAACGUGCCGGCGGGAAUUGACGAUGAGGAUGCCGGAGUGAAAAUCGGCCGUCACGAAAUCCUCAUCCGGCCGAACCCGUCUCCGGAUCCACGUCAGCUGGUGGUCAGCCAAUCGCUGUUGAGACUGCUGCAGGAGAACGAACGGCUGAGAUUGCUCGCGCAGGAAGACGGACGGCUCUCACCGUUCAACCCUCGCCGCGUUAUAGUCAUCACGCCGACCUACAAACGAACCUUCCAGCAGCUGCUCAUGCUAGGGUUGAUCAACUCACUAAAACGGGUACAAGCGCCGGUGCUGUGGGUGGUGAUUGAAGCGACGAAAACGGAAGAAACCGCACGGCUUAUCGCGAAGGCUACUAUCGGGGACAGCGGGUCGGACAAUCCCGAGGUGGAAAUCGCGCACCUGGGCGUGGAGGAGGAAAUGCCCGAGGAUUGGGACGAGCGGAUUCUGCUUGAGCAACGGAUGCGAGUCGUGGGACUGAGGUACGUUCGGGAGCACAGGCUCGACGGCAUCGUGGUCUUCGCAGACGACGGCUCGGUCUUCUCCCCGAAGUUCUUUGCCGAGGCUCAGCGCGUGCCCUGGUUCGGCGCAGGCUCGGUAGGCGUGCUGCUGCCGGUCGGAUUCACCCCGCUUUUUGGGUCGGAGGAGGCGGCGGAGGAGCAGAGCAGUCAGGCGGAAGGGCUUGGGGGGAGCAGCGGGAAGAGCAAGAGGCGCGGGCAUGGCCAUGGCAGGCACAUUGCGAGCACUGACUCUAAUGAGGAUGAUAGUAGCGAUGGUGCUGGUGGUGGUGAAAGCGGCAUCAGUGGCGGCAAUGGCGGUGUUCGGAUUGCCGAGGCAGCGGCAGCAGCGGGGAUAGAGCUAGCGGUGGGAGGGGAAGGAUCAGAGAAGGGGCGCACCGAUCAAGAAACAGUGGCGGUGCAGGAAGCUGUGGUGCUUGAUGGUUCCGCGAAAAGUGGCAUUAACGAGGGUGGAGGGGCGGGAGGGGGAGAGAGAGGAGGGGAGAUGGGUGGAGGAAAGCAGGGGGUACAGCAAGGGGAGGAGAAGAAACAGGAGGGGCAAGGAGAAUGGCAGACGCAGCAGCAAAAGCUGCAGCAGACGCAGGGGAAGCAGGGAGAGGGAGGGAAUGGGGUUGGUGAUGUGGAUGAGCAAAGCCUGGGAGGAGGCUCGGAAGAAAGUUCGGAAGCAGGCUCGGAAGAAGAUCCAGAAGGAGGUUCGGUGGCAGGCUCGGGAGCGGAGGGGCGGCUGUUCGACCUGCUGGGUGCGGUGGUGCGGAACGAGAAAGAGUUGCGGCUGAUUGGGCAGUGCGGGCGGCGCGUGCUCGUGUGGUGGUGGAGGGCUGAAGCGCGCCAAGACAGCAAGUUCCCUGCAGAGUGGGUUAUAUCACCGCAACUACCCAUAACUGUCCGUGCCAAGUCAACCCCCUGGCCUGACCCGCUGCCUCCUCCCCCUCCUAGCCCUCCCUCCCCCCCAUCCCCGCCUCCCCCGCCAAAAGGCAAAAAGGGUGGUGGGAAGAAGAAAGGUGGAAAGCACAAGAAUAAUCAUUGA